CGUUAAAUAUUAACUCACUCACUCACUAUAUUGAAAUUACAAGGAUGCACUGAACACAAAAUGUGUGUAAAGAGAAACGGCAAAACCCUUUCCACAUUCGAAAAAUAUCUCUGCUUAAAGCACAAUCGAUUUACAAUUCUGACUGACCCUGCAUCCAGCAGUAUCACAGCUGUACGACACGGUCUCUAUAAACAAUUGGACAAUCCAGUGACUGACACCAUGAUCUACGUCGACCAAGCAUGUGUUUGUGAGUCACUAUCAAUACCAGGUGAGCGUAUCCUGCCCCACCGGUGGCACUCGUCGUACACAUAUGUGUGUGCAUAUUUCGAUAAAGGGACCACCGGCCCAUUAUACAUGUAAGUUAGUGCUACAAUACGUUGACGAAGCGCCAUAACAUUCUCAUAUACAGGUGUUGUGUUUAAUGCAGUAUUACAUAUAAUGGACAUUGAUAGCAUCAACACGAUGCAAAAUAUUUGUUUCGUUUCUUCUCAGCUAAAAAAAAUAUAUUUCACAAGAUUAGUUAUGAUAACAUUGUUUUUUUCUGAGAAUAAUGAGAUAAGCUUAAUGUACGAUGGAAAAACAUAAUAAAAUUCUUGCAAGAGAUCUGAUUGCAGGUCGUGAUAAAAUGGACAUUCAAGGCAGAAAUGUAAUUCGGGUUCAAUAGUAGGUCUAACACAGAAAGAGCAAAGACGAUCUUUGCGGUCAAAGUUUGAGACGUAUUCCCUACUCAAUCAUUAGAUAAUGGUUGGAGCAAGCGGAACUUACACAAUGCAAUGCAAAACGGGAUUUCCGGCGCGCACAAUAAUGUGUCUGCUUAUGUUUGUCAUUCUACAGCUGUCUGUUCCUGCACAUGCACAGGGCCCGUGUCCGAAGGACAAAUACGGCAACUGUCUACACGGAAACUGCACCAGGACAGCGGCUGGAAGAACUGAGUGUGCCAAGGGUUGUGUAAGAGGUUUCUGGGGAACCGAAUGUCGAAUUCCGUGUCCUGAACACUGUGAGGCGUGUAACCGAUAUGAUGGAACAUGCUUUAUAUGUUCAGGUGAUGUAUAUGGGCAAUACUGUAACAUUACAUGUGACGCUAUGUGCCACGGAUUUCGUUGUAAUAAACAUGGAAGCUGCUUUAGCCCAACAUGCCAGGAUAGAUGGUACGGGUCCAACUGUAGGAAACAAUGCAACCAAACGUUCCUGAAAUGUGGCAAAAUCGAUGGGGAGUGUAUAACAUGUAAAGAUGGCUUCUAUGGAAUGAACUGUGAAUUGGGAUGCAAUAAAUAUGGUCUUGCAGAAGUUCAGCUGCAGGAAACGCGCAUACCUGGUUGUUCAAACGAUAGUCCAACGGAUCACGAACUCGAAGGCUAUCACAUGUGCACUGGUAAACUCAUUAACUGUAUCAAUGACAACUGCACCCGAACACAAUCUGUUACAACCGUAUGUGCUGCAGGUUGUGUUGAGGGAUUUUGGGGUACGAGUUGUAGAAUUCCAUGUCCAGAAAACUGCCAAACAUGUGAACGCCUUGUGGGAAACUGCACGAAGUGCAAGGAUAAUCUAUAUGGAAUAUUCUGUAACAUCGCAUGUCAAGAACAGUGCCAUGAAUGCCGAUGUAACCAGGCAGGUACAUGCUCCGAUACAGUAUGUACUGAUGGAAGAUAUGGUGAUGAAUGUAUCCGAGAGUGUCGAGAAAGGUACAAGGCUUGCAACAGAUACACAGGACUCAUGUGCGAGGACAAUGACUUCGAAAAAAGUGAGUGUUCAUAUUUGUCGAAAUGAAACGAUUAUAAUAGUGACCAGUUUUGAUGAUGAUAUCCCUAUUGG